AUGGCGUACAGCGCAACCCAAAUCCUAGUGGCUGGAGGGGCAGUCUGGUUCGUCUACCAGUGGUAUCUGUUUCGAGUGACCAAGAAAAAGGUCGACAGUAUCCCGACGUUUGGCGGCGACGGCUUUAUAUCGUCCUAUCUAUCUGGUUGGAAGUUCCUAUUCCAAGGGCAUCGAAUCAUAAACGAAGGUUCCAAAAAGUAUCCUGGCAGAGCAUUCAAAGUCCCGACCAUCACAACCCCCAACCGGUGGCUCAUCAUCGUAAGCGGCCCCGAACUGGCUGGGGACGUCAGAAAGGCCGGAGAAAACCAACUCAACUUUAACGACUACGCGUUCGAGGGCCUCCAAAGUAAAUACACGUUUGGCGACUGCAACACCUGCGCGGAGGAACCGUAUCAUGUCAAAACCGCCCGUGAAUUCAUCAGGGCAUUUCCAUCGCGCUUCGGCGGUGUGAACGAGGAAGUAGUCGAAUGCGUGGCAGCGUAUCUUCCAAAGCGCAGUGAAUGGACGCUAUGCCCUCUCGGGAAAAUCCUUACCCCAAUAGUGGCCAGAGCGAGCAACCGCCUCCUCGUCGGCCUCCCGCUAUGUCAAAACGAAGAUUAUUGCGCGCUCUUGGCAGGCCUGACCACUCGCACCUUCAUCGUCGCCAAUAUCCUCAACAUGUUGCCCGAGUCCUUGAAGCCGCUCGUCGGAAGGUUGCUCAGCAGAUUCCCUACCGAUGUGAAGAAGCUGAACGCAUACUUAGGUCCCCUCUUCGAAGAACGGAGGAGGUUGGAUAAAGCUUAUGGUUCGAACAAGUGGGAAGGGCGACCUAACGAUUUCAUCUCAGCUUUACUGGAUACAGUCCCAGAAAAGUUCAACGACACCAAAGAUCUGGCUCUCCGAGUGAUCAACCUGAACAUCGCAGCGAUCCACACCACCGUCAUCACUUUGAGCUUUAUUCUGUUAGAGCUCGCAGCCCGACAAGAAUAUAUCGCUCCCAUCCGAGAAGAGAUCGAGUCAGUCGCACAAGAAUACGGUUGGACGAAGGAAUCCAUGAGCAGAAUGGUCAAGCUCGACAGCUUCAUGAAGGAAGUAGCGCGCCUCUGCGUAGCCUCCGCACGUAGAAAGGCCAGGACAGAUUACCAACUUUCUGAUGGUACUGUGAUUCCGAAGGGGUUCUCAAUGGCCACAGCAGGUGCCACUUUCCACCUGGAUCCAGAAGCGUACGAGCACCCUGAAGAGUUCGAUGGAUUCAGAUUCUGCAAGGACCUGCAAGACUCGGACGGGGCCAACUUGGGCAAUCUCCGAAACCAAAUGGUCGCUCUCGAUCCCAAUUUCCUAUUAUUCGGCCAAGGCCGACCUGCAUGCCCUGGUCGCAUCUUUGCCGUGAACGAGAUCAAGCUGAUAGUGGCCCACAUCCUGGUCAACUACGACAUCAAGCUGCCGAACGAUAGCACCUCUGCACCUCCUCCCAUAUGGUUUGCGGCGCUCAGAGCACCCAGCCCAAACGCAGCAGUUCUGUUCCGGAAAAGGCAGACUGAGUAG